GGUGCCAGGCACUAUAUUACUCUUGGGCUAAGCUGGUAAAAUCUCAUUUGGACUCAGGACACCGAGACGAACACGAGUACUCUCUGCUCCUUCAACUACUAAGCUACGUUGAGAACACCACUUCUCGUUCUGUAACUGCACCGCGCUCUGUAAGAUUGUGCCCUAGUCAUGGCUGCUGAAUUCGAACAUUUUGAUAAGUUCCUGGAUGACCACAUCCCUGAGAAGGAACUGAAGGUGGUCAAGAAACUUCUCUAUGGACGUGAACACCCCCCUCUCGCAAUCCCAGAGAAAGCUGAACAAUUAGCACAGAAGCACAACUUUGAAAUUAAGGGAUUUCAAAUUUCCGCGGCUCCGGAGGAGUUAACCCCGCCGAGAAUUGUACGUGUUUGUGUGCUUCAAAAUUCCAUAGUUCUCGAGACCUCGGCUCCAGUUGCCGCCCAACGCGCGGCCAUUCAUGAGAAAAUUACCCACAUGAUCGAUGCUGCGGCUCUCUGUGGAGUUAAUGUUCUCUGCUUCCAGGAAGCUUGGUAUAUGCCAUAUGCAUUCUGCACCCGAGAGAAGAAGCCUUGGUGUGAAUUCGCAGAGUGUCCUGAGACUGGACCAACUGCCCAGCUCAUUCAGGAGCUUGCUCGAAAAUACGACAUGGUGAUUGUGAAUCCCAUCAUUGAGCGUGACCACGUUCAUGGGGACAGGUUAUGGAAUACUGCAGUGGUCUUCAGCAACACUGGAAAUUACUUGGGCAAGUCACGCAAAAACCACAUGCCCAGAGCGGGAAACUUCAACGAGUCCACGUACUUCAUGGAGGGAGACACAGGCCACGUUGUCUUCCAGACGAAGUAUGGCCGUAUUGCUGUCAACAUCUGCUACGGCCGCCAUCAUCCCCAGAACUGGAUGAUGUUUGGCUUAAAUGGAGCCGAAAUUGUGUUCAAUCCAGCUGCUACUCUUGGAGGACUCGGUGAACCAGAGUCGAGCUUCAACAGUGAGCCAUUGUGGGGAAUUGAAGCAAGGAGCGCAGCUGUUGCCAAUAGUUACUUCACAUGUCCCAUCAAUCGCGUCGGAACAGAAAUAUUCCCCAAUGAGUUCACCUCAGGUGAUGGAAGACCAGGUCACAAGGACCUGGGAUACUUCUAUGGGUCCUCAUACGUAGCCGCACCUGAUGGUUCUCGAACCCCGAGUUUGUCAAGGACUCGUGAUGGAAUUCUUAUCAGUGAAAUAGAUUUGAAUCUCUGCCGACAAAUGAAAGACCGAUGGGGCUUCAGGAUGACCCAACGCUUGGAGAUGUACUCCGCGUCCUUGUCUGCUGCCAUCCAACCCGACUACCAGCCGCCCAUAAUUAGAGACACCUGCUAAGAAUGACAGGAAAUACAUCGAAAUAAAGAAAACAUUUCAGCCUAAUGAUGGAUAAUUUCAAACUCUCGUUAAUAUUAAUCGUGCCUUGUGUGUGUGUCUUUCCUUUCAAGUAAUUGUAACAUCAUUUGCUCCUAUGCCAGAAUAAUAUUUUGAAGGCUAGUUUAGGAAUAAAAUAUUUGUACUGCCUGUGUACGGUUUUUUUAUCUAUAAAUCAUUAUUUGGAUGUACUUGACUGCUGAAACCAGUCGUUUUAUCAUUAUAUUAAUGAAAAGUUAUAUAUUUAUCUUUGAAGUUUAUAAUUCUUCUCAUUAAAUCCAUGUAUACCUUUAAUUUCUUAUUUUAGUGCAAUCUGUAAUCACUCAUACUUUUGUUAUCUUAGUAAAAACAUAAAUUAAUUAGCAUAAUUCAUUAGGCUAUGAUGAACUGUAAUUUUAAAACUUUUUAAGAGACAAUAAUUCAUUUUACCUUCAUUCAAUCUUGCUGCUUUACACCAUAAAUAAUGUAUAUCACUCAGUCGGUUAAGUGCCAUUGGGUCUGGCUUGGGUGAGCUUGUGUGCUCACACACUUUACAUCAUUAUAAUAAUUAAAACAUUUCAGUGAUGUAUAAGUCAUUUUAGCAUGGCUAUAAUGUAUACUUUUAACGUGCAGUGUUGUACACAGUGUACAUAGUGUUGUACACAGUGUACUGUACAGAUACAGUACAUUUUCUUCAAGUUAAUUGUGUUGUUUUAUGCUAAUUCAUUGUAAUUUUUUCAAUGUUUUUUAACUUCCUUUUACAUGUAUACUCUUUCUAAUUUCGUAUAAUUAUAUAUUAUCUAAACAAAAAUUGUAAUUACUUCAAGAUAAAUUUAUAUUUUUAUUAUGUUUAGAAAAUAUGCUUAUAAAAUGUCUGUGCAUUUGUGAAUAAAAACUAAUAAAUAAAUUAAUCAUUA